AUAUUGAUGUCACUAUUCAUCUUUCUGAAUGACAGUGUUUAUAAUUGGAGGUUGCGUGGUUCUCUAUUUGAGGAAAGCUUACCCUACUACUCUGGCCCCACUUUUCUUUUUCCUUGGGUCCCACUCUUUCUCUCUCCUCCCCUACCCCCUUAUAAUAUAACUCGUCGUCCAUUUUGUUAUAGUCAUUGCCAAAUUAUAUGGUUUUGGUAUUCCACUAAAAUCUUUCCUCUCUCAUUUUUCUUGCUUCUAUUUUCCACUUCUAUACAAGUAAUCAAAAGAACCCAUAAAUCUCCUCCGUUUUUCCCCAAUUGGGAAGAUCAUAAACACCAAUUAUAGUACCCAAAGUGUGUUGAAAUUGGGUAAGGGAAAGAAAAAAUGAUGGAAAUUCAAAUACCUAUGAGUAGUAACAUUAACAAUAAUAAUGUUACUGGUAUCAAUAGAAGUGGUAGAGAUGAUACUACGACUACCACUUCUAUUCCGAAUUCGGACCCCGCGAAGACGCCGAAGCGAGCCCGAGACUCCGGCGGGAAACACCCAGUAUACCGCGGGGUCCGAAUGCGGACAUGGGGCAAAUGGGUGUCAGAAAUUCGGGAACCUAGGAAAAAGUCCCGCAUUUGGCUGGGGACUUUUCCUAACCCCGAAAUGGCAGCCCGAGCACACGACGUAGCUGCUCUUAGCAUCAAGGGUGAUUCCGCCAUCCUAAACUUCCCCGAACUCGCCGGGUUAUUACCCCGGCCCGUGUCACAAAAUCCGCGUGACGUGCAAGCUGCUGCUGCUAAAGCAGCAGCUAUGGAAAACAUCGACUGUAUUACUAACAAUAAUAAUAUAUCAUCAUCUUCAUCUUCCAGCUCAUUGUCUUUGUCGCCAUCUUUAUCACCGUGCUCGUCCCUAUCAUCAAUGGUGUCAGCAAUGGAGAUAGGGAACUCGGACGAGUUGAGCGAGAUAGUGGAAUUACCGAGCCUCGGGCCGGUAGGAAACUCAGGGGACUUGAUGGGGAGCGAGUUAGUGUAUGAUUUUGAUAAUGGGGAUAAUAAUGGCUGGAUAUAUCAUAAUCCACCAUGGAUGAUGCAGUGUAUGGGGGAUUUUGCAGUGGUGCCUGAAAAUGUUAUUUCAACCACUUUUGAAGGUUUGUUGUGGGAUUAUAUGUGACUGUUAACUUAGCUGCUUUUUUUAUUUUAUUUCUUUUGUAAGUGUGAAUUUUGAUGAAUUUUGUGUGUAUAAUUCUCUCUCCUUUUUUUUCCUUUAAUUCUUAUUUUUUCUUUGUGAAUUAUUAAAAAAAAAAAAACAUAUUAGUUCUCCCCUUUUUGUUUGGAGAGCUAAUUUAGAACUUUCCUUAUGUUUUUUUUUUUUUUUCCUUUUACUUUUCCCUUUUUAAUAAUUUGGUUCUCCUCCCAAAAUUCUCAAUAAAUUUAGAUGUUCGUUCAUGGAAGUUUUAAUUUUAAUUUUUUUCUUUUUUUUUUUUUAUGGAAAAUUGAAGACUAUACUAGUAUAUACACAAAUUUUUAGUCUGCAAAGUACGGAAUUUAAAUAUAAUUAAAUUUGAAAGAUGAAAUAAGGUACCAGUUGCGAAGGAUAUUUUGUGAAUUAUACUAAUUGUGAGUUGUACAUGUUAUGUUUAACCGAACUUUAUCCACUCGUGAAAUUAGUUUAAUUGUCAUAUGAAAGUCGAUGUAUUCAACUAGCCAAUUUAGAAAAGUGAUCAAAAUCAAUUUAUUUUUCAGUUAAAGGUAAGAAUUGAAAAUUUUAGUACCCCAUAUUGCAUAUGUCUCACUUUCAUUAACUCUUUUGAUCGAGAUGGUUCGUUUCUAAAUUUCAAACCUUGACCCUACUCAGGUGGACCAAAUAAUAAAAACAUGAAAUUAAAUCUUCUAAAAUCUUCUUAAUAUACUUAUAUUCUUUUAAGACUAUACUUAAGCACCCAAAAAAAUAAAUAAA